AUGAGUGUCACAAAUCCGCCCUCUUCCGGUUCUCUUUCACGAACCAGAGUCGGGAACUUGAAACGGAGUCUCCAGACUACUGUCGAUGGAUUCUAUUCUCGUGGUAACUUUUUCCCUUUGAUUAUUUGUUUAUGCGGUACUAUGUUUUCAUCUACAAUUGGCUCGGUCGAAAGGCUGUCAUUUUGCUCUUUUUCCGCCAUCCGAUAUCUCAGAGAAUAUUCGCUAAUUGAAGUGUCAGAGGCUAUUGACUCGAGGAGACCUGGUGGGUAUACCAGCAAGAUCCGAGUCCGAGAUCGAUAUCACAUCGUUGGCUUUAUCAGCAGCGGUACCUAUGGUCGAGUCUACAAGGCCGUUGGCAAAAAUGGCAAAAAAGGGGAGUUUGCGAUCAAAAAAUUCAAGCCCGACAAGGAAGGCGAGACAAUCCAAUACACGGGCCUGUCACAAUCCGCCAUUCGCGAAAUGGCAUUGUGCACAGAACUCUCGCACGCAAAUGUCGUCCAGCUAGAAGAAAUCAUCUUGGAAGACAAAUGUAUCUUCAUGGUCUUCGAAUAUACAGAGCAUGACCUCCUUCAAAUAAUCCACCACCACACCCAGCCCCAACGCCAUGCCAUUCCAGCGCCAAUGGUCCGCUCAAUUCUUUUCCAGCUUUUAAACGGACUUCUCUAUCUGCACACAAACUGGGUUCUCCACCGCGAUCUAAAACCAGCCAACAUUCUCGUCACAUCAAGUGGUGCAAUCCGUAUCGGCGACUUAGGUCUAGCGCGUCUUUUCUACAAACCCCUCAACUCGCUCUUCUCGGGUGACAAAGUCGUCGUCACGAUCUGGUACCGAGCCCCAGAACUCCUCAUGGGAAGUCGCCACUACACCCCCGCCGUGGACAUGUGGGCGGUAGGCUGUAUUUUCGCCGAACUGCUCUCUCUGCGGCCGAUUUUUAAAGGCGAAGAAGCCAAAAUGGAUAGCAAGAAGACUGUUCCAUUCCAGCGAAAUCAGAUGAUGAAAAUUGUCGAAAUCCUCGGUCUGCCCAAGAAAGAAAAUUGGCCUGGUCUUACGUCUAUGCCGGAAUAUUCACAGCUUCAAUCACUAGUUCAGCAUAGACAGCCUGCACAUUUCCAUCGCGGAUCCAAUCUGGAGGGUUGGUAUCAAAGCUGCUUAAAGAAUGGUGGCUACUCUUCUACGUCUGCUGCUGGAACGCCUGGGACGGAUGGGUUUGAUCUGCUGUCUCGGAUGCUGGAUUAUGAUCCUACGAGACGCAUUACUGCCGAGCAGGCUCUUGAACAUCCGUAUUUUACCAAUGCGGGUCCUGUUAGUGGGAAUUGUUUCGAGGGUAUUGAUGGUAAAUACCCACAUCGGCGCGUUACUCAAGAUGACAAUGACAUUCGGUCUGGCAGUCUGCCUGGUACGAAAAGGAGCGGACUACCGGAUGAUUCGUUAAUGAGGGCUUCAAAACGGCUCAAGGAAUGA